GUCUGGGAAUCGUUUUGGGAAGCUUAGUGUUUUGGAUGAGGAAUUCGUAGGAGAUUCAGUGCCGUAUAUAGCCUUGUUGCGAUUUAGCGGCGUCCAGAGAAGGAAGCCCUUUGCAAGAUGUCAUUGCUUGCAGCUUGGCUUGCUCAAGAUGAUGUAAAUGGAAGAGAACUCAUUGAGGAAAGCAUAAGAAAGGCUCAUCAAGCAAAUGAACUUGACAAAAAGGAUGGGUACUGUUGGUAUGCCCUAGGAAGGGCCUACCAGUGUUACUUUCUUCAAUCUGGAGAGUGGGAUUUAAAUAGCCUUCAAUUUGCAUCACAUGCAUAUGAGGAAGCGAACAAGGAUGAAGAAAGGAAGAUAUUUUACACCGACCUGAUUUAUCAGUGGGCCCUGGUGGAUACAGCCUUGGAGAAUUACGAAAGGGCGCUUAUUGGCUUCACACUUUCUGUGCAGUCAAAUCCUGCACUUGAUGGUACAAAAGAUAUGAACAUGAUGAUUAGACUUCUGGACAAAUUAGACAUGAUGCUUAAGCUGGGAACACUGUCAACUAUACAUGAGCUUAUGAAGGAUGCAGCUAAAUUCGAUGAUCCUGCUAUCUUUCAAGUGAGUCCUUCAUACGAAGAAGUGACCAUGGAUCUCCUAUUUGGCGGUCACAAUAAAGGGUUUGCAGUUUUAGCAAAGGUUUUGUACCCGGUUAACAAUGAGAAAGUAUAUCCAUUAUACUAUGUGCUAUGUGAUACCAAUCUGGACUGUUUCGUACUUACAGUGCAUGGCAUACACGCAAUGGCAAUCCAAAGAGGAGAUGUAAUCAUACUGUUGGACCCUUACUACAGCUUGGUUAAUUUCGAAUGGCAAGGAAAGCUUUACCACUUCAAGUCUGUGCGAGUGAAUUUACCGAAUCAAGUUCUUGUAAAUGGAGAAGCAGUGCCGAAUCAUUUUGCCAUCCGUCAACCACUCGGUAGAAAACCUAAAGCAUGGGGACUCUAAUCUUCUCCUACUAUCAGUUCAAAUCAAUGCGAGUCGAUUUACUGCAACAAGUGCUAACAACUUCAUGUAAACGGAGUAAUUGUGUGUGCAAUGUACCCCGAACCCAAGGAAGCAUAAGAAGUCUGUGUUUUCUCACAUCUGUGUGUAGAUAACAAAGAAUAAUACUGGUGAUUUGUUCAACUGAGAUGGCUUUUCAUGUAAAUAGUAGUAAAGAAAACAAAACUGAUGAUCAAAUUUCUAGAAUGCUCAUCAAACCUCCCACCAGUCAAAGCAGUAUGCUUUC